AUGGAGAACAAAAGUGAAGUCAGAGAUGACGGAACAGAUGUGUCAGAAGUGGCUGUAAUGACCGACAUCGAAGACAAACAGCCCAACCCCAAUUCAAUACGCUAUCAAUUACGCAAAAAAUGGCAGUCUAUGACCAUUCGCAAAAAACGCCGACUAAUCAUUAAGAUUAUAUUAUUCAUUGUGUGUUUAUCGCUACUUACUUAUCACUCUUUAUUACUCUUCGCGCAAUAUUUUUCCGGCAAAACUGUUGUCAAUAUAAUACUAGAGCGCAUACGUCCGGACCCAAUGCCCGCCAUAACUAUAUGCUAUCCCUAUGGACUGCGAAUGGACGGUAUGGCCCGACGAUUCCCGGAGCUCAGGGACCAGUGGCUACACUACAAGCGCCUAAUGGACAGCAUUAAUGAAUACGACUAUAAGAAUGAGACAUUGAAAGAGCAUUUGAUUGACAUUUAUGAAAAUUUUACUAAAUUUUAUGAUAAACAAAAUUUACCGCUGGAUUACAUGUUCGACAGCGAUGUUAGCAUUCCGUUUGAUUUGUGGAAGGAUUCCGGCAUAAAUGACGAUGGUAAUCAUACUCAGCGAUCGUAUUUAAUCAGGAUUACUUUGUAUGGAGUGAAAAAUCACCAAGUUAUGAGGCAUAUGGAAGUGAACCCUAUUGUCUCGGUGGUGGCCGAAGAGCCCGGCCAUAUACGCAAGUGUUUUACGUUUUUCAGCGAGCUCAAUCCGAAAUGGCGACAAUUUCAGUUUAAUUUUAACGAGGUACUAUUAACCAUAACGCACAGCAAGUAUUGGUUCCCACCGAACCUCUACGACCAGCCGUCGGGCAAAAACAAAAUCCACUUUUCUCUGCACGCGGCCAACGCUACGCCCUAUGACUUGCGAUCGGAAAACUUCAUCAAGCUCAAAAUGAACCACCAGUACCAGGUUCAAUUCUCCACCAUUAAAACCGUACGACUACCUGCCCCAUACGAAACCCGGUGCCGCGAAUACGACCCUGAUGCUGUCCGACAACAGGAGCGCACGCGCAGUGACUGCCGGUACAAGUGUUUUAUGAACGAUAUAUUGUCGCGACGUCUGUGUUGUCUCGACCGCCGGGACUAUAGCGACCGCACGUGUAAAUCAUGUACCCUAUGGUCGACAAAUUUUAUCCAGUACCAUUUUGGUCAGGGCACUCGUAUGUGCCCACACCUGUUGAAGGACUCGUGCGCACUCGUGGCCGACUACCGGUGCGAUGACGUCGAUCGGUGUGAACGCGAUUGUCAGACCUGUCUAUACGAUGAUAAGGAGGUGUUCGUAGAGUUACAGCACAACCCACUGUUGGACCAGACGGUGACCCACGAGCCGGAAAUGUCCCCGAUUUCCUUCAUCGCCAAUAUGGGCGGUUUGAUUGGCAUGUGGUUAGGACUGUCGGCAUAUAUUGUGCUAGAUACAUUAAUGAAAUUGUUGUAG